ACGUGAUAAUUGCAGCCAUGAUGGACGGACUGGAUGACGGGCCCGACCUGCUGGCGGGCGAGCAGGACAACAAGCCUAGAUCAUCUACAGUGGACUUAACAGACACUUCCCUACUUGUUGACAUAUCUGAUGCAUUGAGUGAGAGGGAUAAAGUGAAAUUUACAGUUCAUACCAAGACUUCAUUGUCAAGAUUUAAGGAAGGGGAAUUCUCAGUUGUAAGACAACAUGAAGAGUUUUGUUGGUUACAUGACAGAUAUGUUGAGAAUGAAGAUUAUGCUGGUAUUAUUAUACCCCCGGCUCCUCCUAAACCGGACUUUGAUGCUUCCAGAGAAAAAUUACAAAGAUUGGGUGAGGGUGAAGGCACAAUGACAAAGGAAGAAUUCACUAAAAUGAAGCAAGAGCUUGAAGCAGAAUACUUAGCCACAUUCAAGAAGACAGUAGCUAUGCAUGAAGUGUUUUUACAACGGAUUGCGGCUCAUCCUGCACUGAGAAAUGAUGUUAAUUUUGAGGUUUUCCUUGAAUAUGAUCAAGAUUUGAGUGUCAGAGGAAAGAACAAAAAAGAAAAAUUAGGUGGAUUUUUCAAAAUUCUGACGAAAACAGCAGAUGAAGUACUCCUCUCUGGCCAAAAGAAUAUACAGAGUGAAAUUGAUGUCGAUGAGUUUUUCGAACAACAAAAAGUCUUUUUAAUAGAAUACCACACAAAAAUAAAGGAUGGAACUGGCAAAUCAGAUAAAAUGACAAGAUGCCAUAAAAAUGUAGCUGACAGUUAUAUACAAAUAUCCACAGGGUUUGUGCAACUUGCAACAAUAGAAAAUACAGAAUUAGAUAAAGUGUUUACAAAAUUGGCAGAAGCAUUAGAAAAAGCCAGAAAAUUAGAAGGUAGAGUAGCAUCAGAUGAAGAUUUAAAAUUAAGUGACACUCUGAGAUAUUACAUGAGAGAUUCAUCAGCUGGAAAGGAUUUAUUAUACAGACGUACUAGAUCAUUGGUCGAUUAUGAAAAUGCCAAUAAAGCCUUAGAAAAAGCUCGAACCAAAAAUAAAGAGGUUGCACAGGCUGAAAAGAAUCAACAAACCUGUUGUGAGAAAUAUGAAAAAAUAUCAGAAGUUGCUAAAAAAGAAUUGACAGAAUUUAAGAGUCGAAGAAUAUCUUAUUUCAAGAAACAUUUAGUUGACCUGGCUGAAUUAGAACUUAAACAUUCCAAGGCACAGGUUCAGUUGUUACGGAACUGCAUAAACGCUUUACGUGAGGAAGUGUAGAAGUGCUUGUCUUUUUUUAUCGUGUAUGAAUGUUGGGCUGUGAAUGAGAGACAUUAUCAACCAUAUAAUUCUAUAUUUGACAAUUGUACAGACAGUAGAUGAUUGGAUCAUAAACAAUAAUAAUUUAUUAAAAUUAUUACACAACUCAUCAGUCGCAUGUUAAAUCCCCAGGAUAUUCUGCACCAAUCAAAUUACACAACUGCCUCAUGUGGUUUAUUGUAAUUUUAUUAUUUAUUUCCUAUAACUGUAUAAAAAGCGAGUCUUUUAACUGUGUGAAUACAUUAUGAUAUCAGAUCCCUUAUGAUUAAAUUCAUCAAAAUCUU